AUGUCAAUUGAUCCUGCUUCGACACGUCCUCCUUCGGAGGGUCUACCCUCUCCUGCUGGAGUGAAUGGCCACAGCAAUGGCCUGUCAACUCCACAAUUGGUUGUCGGUGGUAGUGGUUCCUCUGGUCCUGGAACCCCAAUUGGGUUCCAGCGCUUUCCUCACAACAAACAUCUCGACCAUGUCAUCAGAACGCCCGGUCGUCAACCCUCCCCGCAACCAGUGCACCUGGGACUGCCCGGCCACCAUAGGGUCUUGUCAGAAGAAGGAUCUGGCUAUAUUUCGGCCAAAUUCGAAGGCAAACAGGAACAAAUGGAGCAGGUCAUGGACCGCUUGGAGGAAAAAGGGUUCUUCCCCAGUGAUUUCGUUGUCUCAGAAACCACUUGGUUCUACAACAUGCUCGGAAUCGACGACAUGUAUUUCCAGACUGAAUCUGUAGAAUCCAUAGUCACUCAGAUCCUGUCCUUGUAUGCAGCCAAAGUAGCUGCCUAUGCCCGUGACGAUAAGCGUUUGGAGAUCCGUCUCGACAAGGAAGACGAAGACCAUGCCGUCUACAUUGAUACCAGCAAACCUGGUGUGACCACCCUUGACGGCCCAAAUUACGAGUCACGCAUCGAUUCCAAAUACAUCGACGGCUCUAGACCGGGAAGAAGUUAUCGAGUCGAGAGUUUCCGCUCCACCAGCCCCUUACCAGGGGAGGAUGCACAGCAACUGCGUUGUUACUUUGUCUACAAAUGCCAGUUCGCCAACCCUAAUCCAGACCCCGAUGAGACCAACAUCGAGAUCAUCGGCGAGAAGCGCUUUCUCCAAAAGGCAACUGCAAACACUAAGGCCAUCUAUCAAGAGGUCAUCUCUAAUGCGGUCUCCCGAACCGGUCCUGUUAUCGAAGUCUUUGACAUUGAGAACAGCCGUGAAAAACGUUUGGUUGUGGCUUAUCGCCAAGGAUCUGCCAUGGGCAUUUUCAGCGCCCUGUCUGAUCUCUACCAUUACUACCGAUUGACCAGCUCGAGGAAGUACCUCGAGAGCUUUUCUAACGGAAUCAACGUCAUCUCGCUCUACCUGAGACCCGUCUCUAAUGAGAUUUCGCAAAAGUAUCCCCCCAUUGAAGCUGCCAUCCACCAGAUUGUGAAGGAAGUCUCUCUUUUGUACUGUGUACCGCAAAACCGUUUCCAGAAUCACUUUGCUUCUGGCCGGCUGAGUCUGCAAGAGACUAUUUAUUCUCAUUGUGCCUGGGUCUUUAUCCAACAAUUCCUGAAUCGUCUUGGGUCCGAGUAUACUUCGUUGACGGCACUUUUGGACUCUAGCAACAGCGUACAUGCAGAGCUUUUGGCCAAGAUUAAGAAACGACUCCGUACUGAGACGUUUACGUCGGAUUAUAUCUUUGAGAUUAUUAACAAAUACCCAGAUCUCAUUCACAAGCUCUACCUCGAUUUUGCCAGCACUCAUUACGUGCAGACUGGAGACCCGCAGGAUGAUUUCCUGCCUACACUUAGUUAUUUGCGUUUGCAAGUCGAUGAAAUCUUGGACGAUGCCAAACUCAAAGAAAUUAUCAGCCGAACUGCGGUCAACGAGCACGACGAGAUGGUGAUGACCGCUUUCCGGACCUUCAACAGAGCCAUCUUGAAGACAAACUUCUACACCCCAACAAAGGUGGCACUGAGUUUCCGUCUGCAUCCCGACUUUUUGCCAGAGCAUGAGUACCCACAACGUCUAUACGGCAUGUUCCUUGUGAUCAGUUCCGAGUUCAGAGGUUUCCACCUCCGUUUCCGCGACAUUGCUCGCGGUGGAAUUCGCAUUGUUAAGAGUAGAAACAAAGAAUCUUACGGUAUUAAUGCUCGGUCUUUGUUUGAUGAAAACUACAACCUUGCCAAUACGCAACAGCGUAAGAAUAAGGAUAUUCCCGAAGGUGGUGCCAAAGGUGUCAUCCUUCUUGAUGUCGACCAUCAAGACAAAGCUCGUGUGGCGUUUGAGAAGUAUAUCGACAGUAUUCUCGAUCUUCUUAUCCCACCAACCAGUCCUGGUAUCAAAGAUCCCAUCGUCGAUCUUCACGGAAAGGACGAGAUUCUUUUCAUGGGCCCCGAUGAGAACACGGCAGAUCUUGUUGACUGGGCUACUGAGCAUGCCAGGAAACGAGGCGCGCCGUGGUGGAAGUCUUUCUUCACAGGAAAGAGUCCUAGACUGGGCGGUAUCCCCCACGAUGCUUAUGGCAUGACCACUCUUUCUGUGCGUCAGUAUGUCCUCGGUAUCUACCGCAAAUUGAACAUCGACCCUUCCACCGUCAAGAAGUUGCAGACUGGUGGUCCCGAUGGUGAUCUGGGAUCCAACGAAAUUUUGCUCGGAAACGAAAAUUACAUAGCAAUUGUAGAUGGAUCUGGUGUGCUUGUCGAUCCCAACGGAUUGGACCGCGAUGAGUUGGUGAAACUCGCAAAGAAACGAGUCAUGAUUUCACAGUACGAUCUGUCAAAGCUAUCAGCUCAAGGCUACCGUGUCCUUGUGGAAGAUUCAAACGUGAAGCUUCCUUCGGGCGAAGUUGUCAACAACGGCAUGCUUUUCCGAAACACAUUCCAUCUCCGAAAGGAAUCCCAAGUGGAUCUUUUUGUUCCUUGUGGAGGACGACCAGAGUCGAUUGACUUGAGCACUGUGAACAAACUGAUUGUAAACGGCAAAUCGGUGAUUCCGUACAUUGUCGAAGGGGCUAACCUUUUUAUUACGCAAGAUGCGAAGCUUCGAUUGGAAAAGGCAGGCUGCAUCUUGUACAAAGAUGCGUCAGCUAACAAGGGUGGUGUGACAUCCUCGUCACUCGAAGUCUUGGCCUCAUUGUCGUUGGACGACAAGGAAUUCGUCCAGAACAUGUGUGUUGCUGAAGAUGGAACCGUACCCGCCUUCUACCAGGAAUACGUGAAGGAAGUACAGGAAAUCAUCAAACGCAAUGCCACCUUGGAAUUUGAGGCGAUAUGGCUUGAACACGAACGCACAGGACUGUUGCGUAGUGUGCUCAGCGACAGAUUGAGUCUGGCUAUUACGAACCUCGACGAGGAGUUGCAAAAGACAUCGUUGUGGAAUAAUGUCCAAUUGCGCCGCAAGGUUUUGGAAGAUGCUCUUCCACGACUACUCUUGGAGAAGGUUGGACUUGAUACGAUAUUGACUCGGGUACCGGAAAACUAUCUCCGAUCAAUCUUUGGCAGUUAUUUGGCUAGUCGUUUCGUGUACGAAUACGGCAGUAACCCAAGCCAAUUUGCAUUCUUUGAUUUCAUGUCGAAAAAGUUCUCUUCCCAACUGUUGAAUUCGAAAUGAUCUCAUUUCAUGACUUAUUGUCAUCUCUAGCAUCAAUUAUCUUUAUAAUCGGGAUCCAUCGUCGUCCUACCAUUAGGACGAGCGUCAUUUUGGCCUUUUCGCAUGGGAUGAGGAGAAACAAUUGCUUUUGGGGAAAAGGUCUGCAUAAACCAUCAAUCAAUUACUUGUAAUAAACCAAUUGGCCAGAGUGUGUGUGUUGUGUGUGUACUAAUGUUUCUACUUUUGUUUCAUGUCUAGCCUGUUUUUGAUAUCAGCUGUAUUACCUAUCCUACUAUUCUAUUUUCUGUCGGAAUUAGAUAUUAUACAUGUCUUGAAAUGCAGCAGGCCCAUUUCGGAAUCUUUCCUAUCAUUAUCUCCGUAACGGAUCUCCAAUCCAGGCUCUAAGCAUGAAUAUUCUUCUCAUCUGAAUGAUUCAUAUCCCAUUCAAUCAUACAACCAGUCUAUACACAUACAUUUAUCUAGGACCCAUCAGGGUUGAUUACAACAUCGCAGCCAAAUCAUCCUCAAACCCCUGAAGCCGCAAUCCCGUUUCCGUCUCGGUUCGAGGCAGGUUUUCCAAUUCUUGCCAGACUGUCGGAUGGGUUUCUACGGUCCAUUGUUGGAUUCCCUCUUUGGCGUAUUCGUGGGCGCAGGAGUUGUAUAUUCUUGCGAUCCUGUUGAAAUAUCAGCAAAAAGGGAA